AUGGCUGUAAAAAAAGUAGGAAAGAUUAUAAAAAAGAGAACCAAAAAAUUUACCCGAUUUCAGUCAAACAGGUUUAUGUGUGUCAAGCCUGCAUGGAGAAAACCAAGAGGUAUUGAUUGCCGUGUCAGGAGAAGAUAUAAAGGAACAAAUCUUAUGCCAAGUAUUGGGUAUGGUAGUAAUAAUAAAACAAAAUACUUACUGCCUAAUAAUAAAUAUAAAUAUAUAGUAAAAAAUGUUAAAGAAUUAGAACCAUUAAUUAUGAACAAUACCAAAUACUGUGUGCAAAUUGCUCAUAAUGUUUCAAGUAAAAAGAGAAAGGAAAUAAUUCAGAGAGCCAAACAAAUGAACGUUUCGGUUAUUAAUGCAAACGCAAGAUUGCAAAAAAUGGAAGAGUAA